UUGCAGGAGGGGUUGUCUUCCGGCUCUGAAGGGAAGGGGGCAGGGACAUGUGCUCUCCUGCAGCUGCUGGCUCCAAGAUCCUGUACCGGAACUCGCGCCUCCUCCGCAUGGCUUUCCUGCAGCUCCAUCGCCAGCAGAGGGCAGAUGUGUUCUGCGACGUCAUCCUGCAGGCAGAAGGCGAGGCCAUCCCAGCUCAUUGCUGCAUCCUGUCAGCGUGCAGCCCCUUCUUCACAGAGCGCCUGGAGCGCGAAAUGCCGCCCAAGGGCCGCAAGGUAGUGCUGGAGCUCCGGGGACUGAAGAUUGGGACUUUGAGGAAGCUGGUGGAUUUUUUGUACACAUCAGAGAUGGAGGUGUCCCGGGAAGAGGCACAGGAUGUCCUGGCUGCUGCCCGGCAGCUCCAAGUGUCAGAAUUGGAGUCACUGAAGCUGGAGGGUGGGAAGCUUGUGAAGCAAGCCCUGGGCCGGCGCUUGAACCGGGAGUGCCUACAGUCGCCCAGCUCAGCUCCCAUCUCUGCCAGGGUCAUGUUGCAGGCCUGCGAGCCAUGCCCUGCCCCAACUCCCACUGUCCCCUGGACUUCCAGCCCCAUGGUGGCUGGCAAGCAGGGCAUUGUAGCAAAGCUCUCAAAUAACAGUGAAGUGCCUGCCAGCCCAAGGGAAUGUGUACAGCAAGGGGCAGCCACAGCAGCAGCCCCUAGCAAGGGGGCUCAGUUGGGGAUGCAGGACAGCUCUGUUACUUCUGCACUGCCCACAGAGACUGAAGGUACAAAACCUCAGAGCUGCUUAGUCAGGAGCCUUUGUGGAGGGAGGGUGCUGAGGAAAGGGGAAGGGUCACAGGGCAAGAGGAGCUCUAAGCAGGUGCAGCAGAACUCAUCUGGGGGAGGGAACCUCACAGAGGGCUCACCCCUGCCAAGGAAAAUAAAGCUCAGCCGCCUGAAACUGCCGCCUCCUGCCAGCAUUGGUGCCACAGAGGCACCCAGUGCCAAGAGCCUCGCUAAGGCCCACACAUCCAUCAAGCGCCUAUGGCGGCAGAAGAAGCCAGGGGGGGAUGAGACAAGCCAGCCAGAGCAGGCCAGCCUCUUAUGUGGAAGCCAAAGCUUCACUGCACCUCUGAAAGCCAGUAUCAAGAAGCGCAGUCCAAGCACAUCAGCCUCCAGUUCAGACACAGCCUCUGAGGAGGGGCAUGUCCGCCGUGUGAAGCUGAGGAAAGCUGUCAAUGGUAGCUGCUGGGAAGUGGUACAGGAGCCAGCUGCCCAGGGAGCCCCCAAAACCACAGGAGAGAGAGAUGCAGAACCUGCUACAGAGGACGUGUCCUUUGUGGCAUCCUCCUCAGCCUCUGAAUCAUGCAACUUAAGUUGCUUGGAGCUGCCAGGGACAUGCUCAGCUGGCUCUGCAGAGCUGCUGCCAGGAAGGCUAGAGACUGCACCCUUCCCUGAGGAGGCUUCUGUGGAACAGACAUUAGGAGAGGUGUUGAUGGGAGAGCAAGCAGGCUGUGGAAACCCCUGUGAGCUGGAAGGGACUGCAUUAGACCAGCUGAGUGAGGGUGAUGAAUUUGGGAACUUGGCUCCCUUAGGGGAUCUGGAACAGAUGCUGGACUCGAUGCUAGCAGGCAACAGCAGUGCCAUGGAAGGUCCAUGCCUCCCUAAGCUGGGAGAGGUGGACGAUGGGCAGCCUUCUGCAGGCCCAUCAUGCCAGAUAGAUGCAGCUUUAGUGGAUGCUGAUGUAGCAGCAGGAAGGGAAUGGCAACCCCUGGACAUGCAUCUUUGGCCAGAAUGGAAUGAGGCAAGUGAAGUACUCAUGCCAGGAGGGGAGCAGGGUAGGGGUAGCCCGCUUCUCAGCUCUGCAGCUGGAGAUGCUGUGGGAUACCCUGUGUGUGGCCAGCUUGUCCCACCCUUCCCUGCAGACCCUAAUGAGGCUCUGCCAAGUAGCUACUGCCCCAGCCCCAUGUCUGCUGGACUUUCCAGUUCCCACAGUCUUCAAUGCCAUUCACUAUUGGUUGGGAGGAAGGAAACCCGGUCAGACUCGGGGUCCCCUGUUCCAGUGGAAGAUGGUGGGGGGGACAGAUGGGAGCCCUGUACCACCUGGUCAGUCUAUGCAGAAACUGCUGGAAUGGAGACUACACCUGAUGUUCAGGUGCCAUUGGUGCUACAGCAAAGCAGCCUUAAAGAGCAUGGCCACUGGGACUGCCACCUGACAGCACCCUCAGACAGCCCAGGAGAUAAGAUGGAUGAAAUAAUUGAUGUGACAGGGGCCGAAGAAGGACCGAUUCCCAUCAGUGUCCUGUGUGUCAAGCCUGAUCCCUCUUCGGAGUCGGAUGAUGAGGUGGAUGUUCUGAACUAGCAGUGGCAGGGCCUGAUUUCUGGUGAGGGGGCCCUCUCUGCUGAUGCCCAAGAUGCUGUUGCCCCAGCUAAUACUUAACCAUGGUAGGGUGCUGUUAAGUGAAUAAGUAAAUUCAGGUGUUUGAGGCUGGGAACCUGCAGGCCCUGGUUGCUGAAGGACCUCCCUUGGUGCUAAAAGACUCCUGGAGAGAGGGGAGGGGGAGUAAGCCUCCAGAUGGCAUGGUGGGUAGAUCCAGUAGUGAGGCAAGGUCAAGAUGCAGUGUCUGCUUUUGCAGCUGGGAUUUGGCUUGAACCAGAAACACCCUGCAGUUCCCUGGGGGUGGUGCAACUGGGCUGAGAAUGGUGUGGCCACAGUGUGACCUACUUUACCAUCUGCAAAGUUAAUAGAGCUCUACUGACUGCUGCAUUUAAAGGAAACUUGCCAUAGCAUUGGGAUAGAGAGGAAUGGUGGGGUGGAAACUGCCCUGCUCUGCUUGGUCUUAAGCAGUUCCUUUUUGAGGAGCUUGCUAUGGCAGCAGUCUAGACAGGUGCACAGGUUAUAAGUUGUUUUUUUUUUCAUGAGACCCACUGAACUAACUUAUGUGCAAGAUAGAGCUGCUUGUGUGCUGAGAAGAGAAAGAAUAGCCUCCAGGGAGACUUAAAGGGUGCAGAACCAUCAAGGGAAGGGAGGUCAGGAAGUUUGCUUGCUUCAGUGUUGUAAUUUUUUUCAAAGGAGCUGAUGUGAAUCUUCAGUAUUGAGGACAUCCAGCAACAUCCUCCCAGUGCUUCUGCCUGGCACUGGAUAGUCCUGGCCUUGCUGCAGUUUUACUUUAUCUUCUGUUGUGCAUUUGACUCAUCUCCAUUCAUGUCUCAACUCUCUUCACUGUCUGCACCUGUUGCAGGGACCCUUGUCCAGUCUGUCCCUAAUGCUCUUACCCUGUCUCAGACCUACACUGCUGUGACUGUUGGCUUGUGAAGAAAUGUCUGCAUUAGCUAGUUUAACAACCAUCAGCUCCAAAUCUUGUCUGAGACUCCUAGAAUGAACCAAGAGGGCUUUUUGCUUGCAUGCUGUGUGCAUGUUUUUUGGUUCUUUGCAUCUAGGCCAAAGCAGGGAGCUUCAGCCAAGAUGUGGAAUUCCUCAUCUUUCUGCCCAAGAGGAGCCCUCAAGCCUUUUCAGCCUUCUGAGAGAAAUGAAAAAGCAACAUCUGCAGAUGCUUUUAAACACCAUAGGACAUUCAAGCAAUGUGUUUUUGUAAAGCUGGGUGGUGAUUAUGAUUCAAGUCCCCUAUUCCCUGUCCAUGAAUCCCACCCCUGCCCCCCACUUCAGGCUCUGUGCCACUUGCACCACUAGAGCUUGCUAGCUUGUAGGCAGCUGAGAUUAGUUUCUGUGAGCUACAGUCAUUGCAGGGUGGACAUACCAAGUCUUAAACUCAUUUCAAGCAGACACCUCAAUGACAAAUACGCAGAGCCAUAAUACUAGCAACAGUCCUUCAUUCAACUCCCUAUUCCUGUGUACCUGCCCCAGCACUUGAGGUGAACAGCAGGUGGUUCAUUUACUCAGCUGGCAGUCCCUUAUCUCUUCCUUCCCUGUUCUCCACCCCUCACAAGACAGAGUGCUGUCUGAACUGCUAGCUUUGUCUUCUUAUGUAAUCUGGACCCUUUUCUCUGAACUUCAAUCUACUGCUGUGUUCAUUACCUCCAAUCUGCUGCAACUGAUUUCUCAUGACAAAAGUAAAGUCAGCUGGGUGUGUCCUGAUGCUUCCUUUGCCUUUCUUAGUGGAGGGCUUUGUCACUUUGCUCCAGGAAUUCCCCUUGGCACCAGAGAACAGGUAACAGCAAGGAGAGGCUGGAAUAAGUGUUAUAGGUUGCAAUUUGAAAUAAAGUGUUGGACUUGUUUG